UGGCGAAAGUUGAUUUUAAUACUUUUUUUACCGCAAUCCCUGGGAAUUUUCGUGUCCUUAUCCAUCUUCGCUCUUUUAUGGUCUAUAAUUACGCUUUCGGUGUUUGUUUUUUUUUCGUCUGGCGAGUUUCCUUUAUCUUUGAAUAAUCUAACGUACACGUAGGUCCUUUUGAAAACGGAGUUAUUUUUGAGAUAAAAUUUUUGCAUUGAAAAAAACUCAUGUGACGUAGCUGCCAAAGAAUAUUAUAUGAAUCACAAAACAACGGUGCAGUAUAACAGUAGACAGCAGACAAUUGGUUAGAACAUUCAAGAUCAAUUUGAAUAGAUCCGGAAAGACAUGCAUUUGCGAUGUAAACAAUGUUGCAAAAUUUAUUCAAUAAUGCAGAUGUGUCCUAUCGUCAAAUCAGAAAAGCCCACGAUUGGGCCAAUGAGUUUUAUUUUGUUCAAUUAUCUCGGGUAUAGAAAGUGUCAGGCCCGCUCAGAGAUUCCCUCAAAAACUCGCAAUUUCUAAUUUUCUCGAUCCUUCUAGCCUUGGGACCGCGGUAGUAUUGGUCAGCAGUUGUAUGCGUGACGGUUAAGAAAGCAAAGAUGGCGCACUCUAUGGUAACGGCUCCAUACAUCAUGCAGGCAAAACAAUUUAGCCAGAAAGGACUUUAGAAAGUUUCUUACAGGAAUGUCAGAGAUAAAGCGAGUAAAACCGGCUCGUAGGUCGUCUAAUUCGAGCAUUUCAUCGCGAGCAUCAAACGUGUCGUUCUCGGAGAAGGUUCGAAGAGAAUCGACUGCAAAAUUUGAUAAUUUUAUGAAGGAAUGCCGUGCCGCUUACCUGGCUGUUUUAAGUAGCACUACAGAAAAGAUUACAUCCAUUGAUGAAUUGAUCCUAGCACUUCAAUUUGGUGGAAGGAAUCCUUCUCGGAAGUUUGCUGAAAAAUAUUGGAAGCAUGAUACAGACUGUAUAUCUUACAAUGAUUUCUGUGACAUUAUGAGGAAAGAGAAGCCUCUUGACAAGGACUCUAUGCUGAAAGCAUUCAAAUGUAUUGAUACUAAUGGCGAUGGAUUCAUAACACAUGAUGAAUUGUUUAGACUUUUGACUAAGCAAGGAGAACGUAUGACUAAAUCUGAGGUGCAAGCAAUUCUAGAUGAUGCUGAUGUAAACAAUGAUGGAAAGCUGGAUUAUAAUGAGUUUGCAGCACUACUUGUCUCUACAGCAGAGGAUUGUAAACAGAAAAGUCUAAAGAAACUAGCAAGAGCUGAUGAUGACGUUGCUUCUUCUCCUGCACCAUAUUCUGCUAAAAGACAGUCCACAAAUAGAAAAACCCUGCAGGAGCCUGAAAACCUAAAUUUUGUUUUCGCUGUGAGCUGGAAGGAGGGACAUACAGUUUGAUAACUUUCACUACUGGUUGUCGACUCUCCAUUAGAAAAGCAGAACCUGCCAAACAAGUGAAACUUACCACAGGCCAUGGAGAAAACCUCCAGCUUAGCAAGAUAUUUGAAGAAGCACUGUCUGAAAUCUUUGACAGUUGUGACCUUGAUGGGAAUGGAUCUUUAAGUAGAGAAGAAUUCGACUUGUUCCAGUUUAAAUCUGGUGGAGACCUUUGUGAUGAUGAUGCAUGGGAAAUUAUGAAAGAUAAUUUUGAAAUGGAGGAUGAUGAGAUAACUCUGAAAGGAUUCCUGGACCUGAACAUGAUGGAAGCACAAGAUGCAGAUGGUGAUCCUAACGACUUAUGGCUGACUCUUGAGAACAUGGGCUAUAACAAAGCUCUUGAGUUAGAUCAGGCAAAUCCGUUCUUGCUUGAGGUGUACUGUAACAGGUGCAGGCCAUCAAUUCAAGUAAAUUCAGUGGUGGAGAACAAAAAUGAAGCUGUGCAUAAAGCUGUAGUAUCAUCAGUGUUAAACAAUGUUACCAAAAAGGAGAAUAUAAAAGGGAUGAGGGACCUGGUUUUGUUCAAGUAUGAAAGUUCCAUUAGAGUGACCCUGGUGUUACAAAAUAUGGCCCACAGUGAUGUUGAGAAGCGAUGGUGUGAAACAUGUUUUGAUUAUGACGACACAAGAGAUCUUAUCACAUUUCAUUUUAAACUUUCACAUUUCUUCAGGUUAAAAUGA